AUGUAUAAGAAUAGCAACCUUGUAUAAGAAUAGCAACAAGUUCCAAGGCACUGGACACUCACAGGACGCGUCAGAAGUGGCCCACCGUCGGGCCAAGCGCUACCUGAGCUUCCCUCCGAGCUCCACGGCCAAAGUCAAGACUCAGAUAAGCGUUCCUCUCUUCGACGAGUAUGAUUCAUACGUCAUAACCGUUCCUCUCUUCGACGAGUAUGACUCAUACGUCAAGGCGACAUUCAAAGGCUUCGCCACGUGGUCGUACAGCCUGCCUACGAACUUUGUGACGCUCGGCAGAUCGCUGUCAGAUGCGCGUGUCGCUGACAGGGACACAUCGCGCGCACGACGCGCGUGCAGCGUAGCUGAAGGUCGUACGCGCGCUUACGCUGCCAUAGAGAACGCCUUCGAAAGCGUGGGGCUGCCGGGCGAGGGCUGCAUGCUGAGGGCUGUGUGCCAGGCGGCGGCUGAGGGCCUGCCUGAGGGCUACGGGCUGCUCGGCGAGAUAACCGCCAUGCUCCUCGCACCACUGCACGACCUGGACAACACGACAAGCGCCGUGCUGGGCAGCUACACGGCGGCCGAGCGUCGGGGCCACGACACGGGCGACUGUGACACAGUGUACAGUGACUGUCCUGUACACCUCACUGACCUCGUACAUUCUGCAGUAACUGUACUUCACGGCCAAUAUUACAGGGGCAAUCUGCUGUUCUGA